GCUACAAAAGUUGUCGCUACUUUGGCUUGAGUCAUUAACUGAAGACUGUCAACUCACCUUUGCAUUCCUUAAUUUACACACCUGUAUAGAUCUAAUAUAUAACUAUAUAUACAGCACCAUAUAUUUCCAUUCUUUAAUAUAUACCAUUCUUUAAUAUACACACCUGUAUAGAUCUAAUAUAUAACUAUAUACACAGCACCGUAUAUUUCCAUAUAUAUAUAUAUAUAUAACAUCAUGGUUCUUAACGUUGACUACAACUACCUGGGUUCCAGUGGCAUGAAAGUUUCCAACAUAUGUUUUGGCACCAUGACAUUCGGUUCUACAACUGAAAGAACUAAUCGCCCAGGUCAGUUGGACCCCACAGGUUCAUAUCAACUCCUUGAUCAUUUUGCCGAAUGUGGUGGCAACUUCAUAGACACAGCAGAUGUCUACACUGACCGUCAGUCGGAGACAAUUGUUGGUAAUUGGCUCAGCAGUAAAGAGAGGAGCAGGUAUGUUAUUGCCACUAAGGUCCGGUUCAACAACAACCCCAAAGAUCCGACCGACGUCAACGCUGUUGGACUCAGUCGUAAACACAUUGUGGCUGGCUUGGAGAAGAGUCUUGAGUGUCUGCAGACCAAUUAUGUGGACCUUUAUCAGGCUCAUUGUUGGGACAGUGGUACACCAAUCAAGGAAACCCUUUUGACCUUCCACGAUUUACAAAGAGCUGGCAAGAUCCAUCAUAUUGGUGUAAGCAAUUUCUGUGGCUGGCAGCUACAGAAAACGGUUGAUCUGGCCAACCACAUCGGUAUGUCAUCAAUUCUUACUCUUCAGCAACAGUACAGUCUCAUGGAGAGAAAUGCUGAGUUUGAAGAAUUCCAAGUGUGCCAAAAUGAUGGAAUAUCCAUUUUACCGUGGAGUCCCCUGAAAGGUGGUUUCCUCUCUGGUAAAUUCAAAAGAACUGAAGCCCCUUCAGCAGAAACAAGGAUCGGGUAUACAGCUCUGGAUGAGAAAAAUCGGACUCUUGAAAUCCAGCCUGGAUGGUCCGCAUUACAAUCCAGAGACGAUGUUUGGCUCCUUCUUGACGCCAUGACAAAAAUUGCACAAAAUCACAAUAAAAGUGUGGCACAAGUUGCCAUUCGGUGGCUCCUUCAGAGAAAGAUGGUGGCAUCAGUUAUCUUCGGUGCUAAAACUAUGAACCAACUUGAUGACAAUAUUGGGGCUUCCAGUGGCUGGGAACUGACAUGUGAAGAGAUGGAGACACUGAAUGAUUUAUCGGCCCCUGUGAAAAAAUAUCCGCAUACCGUCAAUGCUAAGUUUAAUGCUAUGCGCCUGAAGUAACACAGCUAUCACUAUACAUUUCACAUGUGUUAUAUACACCACAUUGUGGGUGUAUACACACUAUCCCAUGGAUGUAUACAUAUACAAAUGCAAACACAUACACAGUAUACCACAGAAGUACAUAUGCAUAUCUAUCUAUCUAUCUUUAGUUUGAUUUGAAAACCCCACUAGAAUGGGAGAA